UGUCAAGCUGUGAUUGGUCGGCAUCAGCAGUCAGUGUGAGUCUCUGUGAGUGUGUGCGGUGUGUCAUAGAAACAGCAGGAUGGCGAUGGUUCCCCUUCUAGUCUCCGUCUGGAUCAGGUCUCUGCUGGUCCUGCUGAUCUGGUCCCGGUGUGAAGCCAGAGACUCGGAUCUGAACCACGUGACCUGCGGCUCGCUGGUCAAGCUGCUCAACACCAGACACAACGUCCGCCUGCACUCCCACGACGUCAAGUACGGCUCAGGCAGUGGACAGCAGUCUGUAACUGGAGUGGAGAUCGCUGAUGAUGCUAACAGUUAUUGGCAGAUUCGUGGGAAGCCGAACCAUCCGUGUCAGCGAGGAGCAGCCAUCAGGUGUGGUCAGGCCAUCCGCAUCACACACAUGAAGACGGGUCGAAACCUGCACACACACCACUUCAGCUCCCCCCUGUCCAACAACCAGGAGGUGAGCGCCUUCGGAGAGAACGGCGAGGGCGACAACCUGGACACGUGGACGGUGCAGUGUGACGGGAUCCACUGGGAGCGCGACGAGGCGGUUCGCUUCAAACACCUGGACACCGACGUCUUCCUGAGCGUGACGGGCGAGCAGUACGGCCACCCCAUCCGGGGCCAGAGAGAGGUGCACGGCAUGCCCACGCCCAACCAGCACAACUGGUGGCGCUCCAUGGAGGGCGUCUUCGUCCAGCCCAGCCAGGUGCCCCUACGCCACGACGAGCUCUGACACCAGCAGAGCCAGAGCGCGAGGAUUCCUGUUUCGUAGCUGUCCUGGACCAACUUUAUGUGCAAAUGAUGUUAAAUAUUUGACAUUUGACUGAUGAUUCACCGCUGUACAUGUGUAGCACUCUGGGUGGUCUGAGGUGACGGGAUGAUGUUAUU